UCACCUGAAAGUAUCUUUCAUCAGUAAAGCCUUGUGACUUUUACUGGCAUUCAAUUUCAGUUACUGAACUGCUUGCACUAACAAAUGUUGAAGUGCUUUUAGAUGGCCUCCCUAUACUUUAGAGUGGAAGCCACUUCAGUGAGACUAAAAUGCAUUUCAAGCAUGGCAUAUUUUUUUCAUCUGCUCUCUUUCUUUGCCUCCUUCUCAAGAUGCACUCAGAAGACAUGUUUUGGCAAUAGGCAGAGAAAGAGACACAAACAAAUUAAGCUUUGGAGAUCUGUCUUCUAUCUUUGUUGCUCUUUCGUGAGACUAGUGCAAUUACUGUCUGCAGUAAUAGCUGUUUUGGUGCCCUCUGGUGCACGAAAUAAGCAUGCAUUAUGAAUAAUCUUAUUAGUAUGUUUUAACUACACUAAUUAUCAGCUGCUCAAAUGGAAAACAUAAGAUUCCUCCCAGGAGUAUCUUUAAGAAGUCGUGCUGCUUCUUCUUUAUGUCCAUUUAUACACUUUCUUUUAAUUUGAGUGACAUGGUUUCAUAAAACUAAUCCAUCACUGUCACUAGCCAUUUCUUUCAAGAUAUUACACUGACUAUUCAGCAUCAGGUGAUUUCUUCUGACUAUCUCCAGGAGUGUAGAAAUCCUCAUACUAACCCGUCCCUCAGGACCAGUAGCCAAAACUGGGCCAUCCCAGACUUCAGCUGGGUUGCAAACAAGUGUCAGCAGGCAGCAUCCCAGCUCUUCCCAGCCAGUGACAGUAUGCGUGGGCGCUGCUCCAGCGCAGAGAAGGAUGCAGAGGAAAUUGAGCGACUUGAUGAGGAUGGAGCAGGCCGGCUGCCAGAAAGCGACGCCUCAUCACGUGUGUUUGGCCAUCAAACAUGUGAAAUCAGCAAAGGCAGGAAAUCUCAUCAUCACAGAGCUCUUAACACUGGAUCCAGUCUCCAUGGAGACCCUGUCCAUGGCAUAAAGAUCUCCUCCAUCACAGGGCUUCUCAAGUCUUCUACGGUGACGGAGAAGACACUUCCUCAGGAAUCACUUAUCUCCCAAGUGCCAUUAAGAUUACAGAUUAAAGUGUCUGGCCAGAGGGGUAGUUUGGGAAUCAGCAUUGCUGGUGGGAAGGGCUCUCUGCCUUACAAAGACCACGAUGAAGGCGUUUUUAUCUCCAGAGUAAAUAAAGGAGGCGCAUCAGAAAAAGCAGGGAUCCAUGUUGGAGACAGAUUGCUGGAGGUCAAUGGCCUUAACAUGCAGACUGCGACCCACCAAGAGGCUGUCGGUGCCCUCAGGAAUGCUGGGAGCUGUAUUAAGAUGAAAGUGCUCAGAGAGAGGCUGCUACACCCAGAGGUGUGUGACCUGGAGGAGCCACAGUAUUCUCAGGACGUGACGGGACGACAGCAACGCAGCCAGGAUGGCGGAGGCCAGAUAAUGGAGAGCGCAGAAGACUGUUUGUCCAAGAAAAUUGAGGCGGUUGUCUGCAACGGCAAUGGCAUUGUGGGUGGUGUACUCAAAUCACAGCACAAACAGAAUUACUUUUUAAAUGACUCCCAUCAGUCAGUCUUUUGUCUUUUUGUGUUUCAGUGUGAUUUGGAGGAUGACCUGAAUAGGACCUUGUCUAAACUGGAAGCAGAGGCCUUGAUAAAAAAUGAUUCCCCUGAAGAAGAGAAACAUACGAUGACAAUCCCGCGGAUCAUCCUCACUCAUCCCUCUACCUCAGACGAAGAUGUGGAGCUCUUGACACAGAGCCCUGGCAGAGAGACGCUACAUGACUUUGAAAUUCACGAUGGAGGUGUACACGCUGUCUGUUUCGACAGUGCUUUCUACCCACCGUGACCACAGUGUAGGGUGCAUACAUGAUGGACACAGACUGUUAUUACCCAGCUCUCUGGCUUUUUUUUGGUGCUGAAGCAUUUUCAGUGAUAUUACUGUCGUGCAUUAGUGUAAAAUAAAUUGGUGUAAUGUGUUUUUUAUUGUCAAUGCAAAGCUUUUUUUGACUGUCAGACUCAACUGCUGCUAAAAACAUUUUAUGAUAUUUAAGUUAUUAAGAAAAAUGGACAAAUUUAAGACUUUAUUUUUAUUGCUAAAACCACAGUUUUGCCUGUGCACCUACACUGAAUGGAGACUGUAAAGCAUAAAUGUCUCUAAUGUCCAAAGGAAAUACAUGUCAUGAUGUUAAAUACAGCCAAUUAAACAUUGAAUGCUGCUGGCUACCUCUACUUCACACCGACGUGCUGUAAUUACGGAUGUGCUGGUAAAGGGUGUCUCUGCCCGCAACAAUGUGAAGCCCUCAAACUUUUUAUAGUCGAGAUAAAAUGCCACAUGGCUGAGCAGAAAGUACAGCGGGGAGUCCUGCAGAGCCCUGAGACAGACUGAACUCUGCCUCACAUGUUCACACACCUCCUGUAUAAGCUAAAUGCAGACUUGUCAGAUAAAGACCAGGAAAAAGGAUCAGAUAUCAAACUGGAAGAAUAUAUAAUCUUGCCUCCAAAGCCUAGAAUUUGCAAUCUAUAAAUGUCAAUACAUACUUGUAUUGUGUAUUUUAACAGCUUUUACAUUCCCACUGUUCAUUGUUCUCUUUCUCAAUAAAUUGCGAGUAUAUUGUUCCAAUCAGUUUUUCUUUUAUUUGUGCUGGAGAGCAGAUAAAUCCAUGCUGAUGUUUAUACUGGCUAUGUGCAGAGGAUAAACACAGUAACAUGACCACCUGCACAGUACGCUGCAAUUCAGUAAAUCAGUAAAUGCCCUUGCCACAUAUACCAUACCCAACACUAAUUUUCAUCUGUUGACAGUGUGUUGGAAAGAUAUUAGCCUGAAAGGUAUUUUGUGGUAUAGUGGAUUGCACACCUGUUCCCGUUAAUGUGUCCACCUCCUGAACAUUUGGCUACCGACUGCAGAAUAACUGACAUGACUACUUGUUAUAUCAGUGCUGCUGUGCAGUGAUGACUGUCUGCCGGGUGAUAAUAAUCUGGGGACACAACUUGUUUGAAAGCUCAUCCAGUGUGCGAGAUUCAAUUCAGAGCCAAUCACUGGCUGGUCGGUCUCAUAUUGUGCGACUCGAGCCUUCGUCAGUCUCAAGAGGUGUUCAUGUAAAGUCAGUGGGAGGACCUGUGGAGGAUGAGCAUGGAUUUAGAUGACUCACUCUGGGAACAUUGGUUAUAGAACUGGACUGUAUGUUUUGUUAUGUGCAAAUAGGUGCAAAAUGAUAUUUCUAUGUAACAUACAUGCAUAUUUACAAAUGUGAUUUGUCAUUGUAACUUUUAAUUCCACACCUAUUGACAAUAUUUACUUACGUGAUCAUGUAAUAAUGACAUAUUGAUGAAGUCAUUUUUAUCACGUCUUGGCAACAUGAUGUAAAAUAACCUUUUAAAGCUUUUAAAGUUGAAUCUGUAAGCGAACAUGACACAGAAAAUAACACACCCUUGCACAACUCAGCACACUCUACUUCAUGGAUGUAAAAUCUACUUAACAAGUAUCUCACUGAGUAAUGGACUCAAACCAGACAAAUUACAAUCAAGGCUGGAUUCAUUAAAAUAUUGAAUUAUAGACGUAUCUCUGCUGUAGUUCGCUAACACCAGACUAAAUUUAGAGUUUUAAUAUUAGAGAAUUUCCUCAGGGCUAAAACCUAAUGUCACGUGAUGCACGGAAAACAUAAAUCAAAGCAAAUAUAUUUGAUUUCUUUUCCCACGGAUAGUGGAUGUUAA